CUCUAAGGGCCAGUGGGUGAUCUGCGCUCCGGGCGCUGUAUCCUGGCUGCGGAAGGAUGGCGGGGGCCGCUUUCUGCUUCUCGGACGAGCAGUUCCGGGAGGCUUGUGCAGAACUCCAGAAACCGGCGCUGACUGGGGCCGAUUGGCAGCUCCUGGUAGAGGCCUCAGGCAUAACCAUCUACCGGCUGCUGGACCAGCCAAGUGGACUUUAUGAGUAUAAGGUGUUUGGUGUCCUGGAAGGCUGCUCGCCAGCUCUUCUCGCAGAUGUUUACAUGGACUUAGACUACAGAAAACAAUGGGACCAGUAUGUGAAAGAACUCUACGAGAAGGAGAGUGAUGAACAGAUGGUGGCAUACUGGGAAGUGAAGUACCCUUUCCCGCUGUCCAACAGAGAUUAUGUCUACACCCGCCAGCGCCGAGAUCUGGAUAUGGAUGGGAGGAAGAUCUACGUGGUCCUGGCCCAGAGUAUCUCGGCACCUCAGUUUCCCGAGAAGUCUGGGGUAAUCCGAGUGAAACAGUACAAACAGAGCCUGGCGAUCGAGAGUGACGGCAAGAAGGGGAGCAGAGUUUUCAUGUACUACUUUGAUAACCCGGGUGGCCAAAUUCCGUCCUGGCUCAUUAACUGGGCAGCCAAGAAUGGAGUUCCAAACUUUUUGAAGGACAUGGUGAAAGCGUGUCAGAACUACCACAAGAAAACCUAAGGAGGGGACUGGGACUCCGUCAUCCAUGAAGGACAUCUCUGGCUGUGCUACACCACCUGAGGCUCGCCCUUCCAUUCAUGCUUCCCAUCUUCAAAGCACUACACAUUCCCAAGCAACCUUGCCCCUGGCCAGCUCCAUUGGCUCCAUUGCUGCCUUCUUUCCCACUGGUCAUACUCAGAGCCUGUUACCUUCUUCCACUAUUGAGUCGGGCCCAUGCUUGUUUAUGUUUCAUUAGAGAAAUUCUUAGUGGGGAAAAUGCGCCAUUCUGUUGUGCCAUUUUGGGGGGGAUGGGUGAAAGGAGAAAGGAUGACAAGCUAUAAAAGCAGCCCUUCUUGGAAAGCAGGCUCACUUCAGGACUCUCUCUUGCAACCAGAAGUGGUCUUUGGCCCACAGUUGACCUUCCAUGUUCGAAUACUGGAGAUACAGUGAUGUCUGUUCUCUUGAUGCCUUGCUGAUUCGGAUAGGCUGGGGUUUGGGGUGACAAGCAAGUGGGGCUAUGUUCCCCUUGGGCGGCAUCAGUAGCUACUAUGAUAUCAGACUCCUCUGAGGAGUGUCCCAGCACUAACGGAGCACAUGUUGAGAUGACCAAGGCUUCCUAAUUGCCCACAUCUGGAUUUUUCCUUUCCCAUUCACUGAGAAAUCAUUGCCUCUACCUCUCGAGCUGUGCUUUUGACUGCAAGCCUCAGGCUUCAAAGAUGGCUUGUGCAUAGCCCAAUGAUAGUGUCUUCCUAUGUACUAAGGUGACUUUCCAUUCUAGAGUGUUUGCAGAUGUUGAAGGGACAAUUAAUGGUUUACAAUGGAGUGAAAUGGAAGUAGUGAUUUGAUGUUCUCUUUGCCUCCCCCCUCCUUCCCCCCCCCCCCCCCCCCCCCCCCCCAGACAAGGUUUCUCUGUGAAGCCCUGGCUAUCCUGGAACUCACUCUAUAGACCAGGUUAGCCUCGAACUCAGAAAUCCACCUGCCUCUGCCUCCCAAGUGCUGGGAUUAAAAGCGUGUACCACCAUUGCCCAGCACUUCGCCUUUUUCUUAGGAAUUCUACCUCUUCAAAACAGGAACUCAGAACCCUGCGUUUGAUCCGCGACGUUUGUAGGAAAAUACAUUCUGUAGCCAAGACACAGCCUUAAUGAUCUCAGGGAAAAAUUGUAAUCAGUCUGUGCAAACCUUGAUUAACGAACAUGGACACUCAGGAUGCAAAGGCAGAAGAAAGGAAUUGUUUAAGUGGGAUUUCCUUAAAGUGUAUGUUUUUUUUUUUUCUGGGAAGAAAGUUGUGUUCUGUGAAUAAACACAGUGACUUAGGCUUGC